AGCCUUUACUCUCCUGUUGUGUGUUUGUUUGUUGCUCUCGGUUUCCUGUUCGGGGAGGGCCGUGCUUGUGCGCAUCUCCGACUUAUCCUGGAAAAGGUAACAAUCAAUCUCACAGAUGGAGCAGGCACAGGAGCAACGGACACGGCAGAGCAGCGCUGCGGCAGAUGCAAAGUCGUGCCUGGCGGACGAGGAAGCCUUCAACUCGGUGCGGCAGGCAGCACUCGUGCUGUUCAAGCAGCGCACGAAAGAUCUCACCCGUCUCGCCAGUGUGGAGGCGCAGUCGCAGAAGAUCGAAGCAGAACUGCAGCAAGCCCAGACGAGCGUGGCGCAGCUCUCCGCCCAGCAGGCCGCCCUCGACGCCCAGGUGGAGGACGAGCAGCAGCGUGUUCGUCAACGGGAGGGUCGCCUGGCCGAACUUCACGGUGCGCUGGUGCAGCUGGACGAGGAGCAGCGAACGUUCAAGAAGUUGCAGCAGGCUGCGGAGGCCGCGAUUGGAGCCGCGACGACCUUUAUCGUGCGCUUCACCAGCGCUGAUGGACGUCUCUUUCAGCUGCUGGCGCUGGCGAAAGAGCGGGUUGGCGGACGCAAUGCGCGCGAACUGCAGAUCGUUGCCACGCAGAUUCAGCAGAAGCUGACGGACGCCGUAGAACAGAAGCAGCGUCUCCUCAGUGGGCCGUGCUGUCUUCCCUCAGGCGCUCUCGCGUCUCCCUUCGCGGUCGUCGCCGACGUGCCUCCUUCGUCGGCCGUGACAGGGAGCCAACAAGACGCGGUCAAGGCUUUUGGGGCGGUGAUGCAGGGCUGGAUGACGCAGGCGGAGCCGUGGUCACGCCAUCGGGAGCUGACAGGCGUCGUUGCCGCUUUGCGAUGUCUGCUCCAAUGGGUGACGGAAGACACAGAGGCAGACCCGGAGGAAACCUUCGCGGUGGGGGAGGCGGGUGCAAACCAGACAGCGUCCGUCUGGCCGCCGCUGCCCCAGUGUCCAGCCGUUGCUCUCGCGGAGGAUGUCUUCCUACAUCUGCCAGAAGUGGAGCUGGAGAAGGUGAUGGAGGAGCAGGUGCACGCUCCUGUGAAAGCGUUGCGUGCCUUCUUUGAUCAACUCACCGCCACCUGUGUUCGGGACCGCAUUUGCCUUCCGCCAGAAGUGGCCGCCGUUUUCACGGCUCUGGAGACGACGGUCGUGGAGGGGUGGACGUCCUUAGUGGCGCAACGACACCAGUGGGCGGAGAAGGUGGAGGACGCAGCGUCGGCGACGGAGCUGGCGGCCGCGGCAGCUCAGUCACUACUCCGCGCACGCACAGAGCUGCAGGCGCAGUCAGAGUCUUGUGAGCAGCUCCGCAACGCUCUUGCGCAGCGGUUGUCAGAGGUGGAGACAGGGAAAGAAUUGCAGCUGGGGAAUUACGCGGCAGCGUGGCAGAAGGGGUGGCGCACGCUCAGCGCGCAACGUGCCUCACUGCUCGCCGCGCAGAGGGCGGUGGACGCUCGUGUGACAGAGGCAGCACACAACGACGCACUCUUAAAGAGCGAGGCAGAGGCGCACGCUGCUGCGGUGGAAGUGAGCAAGAGAGCUGUGCAGGAGCAGCAACGGAAGCUCUCCGCCGCCCAAGCGCUGCUGGAUGAAGCCUCCACGCAGAAGGCAGCACUCGAAGAGGAACUCGCCGCAGCGCAGCAGACCGAGCGUGAGGCGCAGCGGCAGCUGGAGGCAUUGCUGUCCCAUCCUCAGAAGCCAGCAGCAGAAGGGGAGAUGCAGUCGGCGGUGCUCUCAGAGAACUGUACUGCACCAGAUACCCUCCUGGGGGUGACGGAGCGUGUUCGCCCCAGUGCAGCAGCCGCCCUGCAGUCUGUGCCUGCGUGUCCCGAUGUCUACAAAAUAUGGGCGUCAGACGUGGAGGCACAAAAGCAGCACCUCGCCGAUGACGACGUUCUCGCGGCGCUCUUUAUGGCAGCACCGUGCGGCGACCCCACCGAACUGAGUGGCAACAUGACGGACGGUGCAACAAGGCAGUCGGUGCGUCGAGCCUGCACUGCCGCGCUGCAGCACGUCGCUACGGCGGUGCUGCGACUUCCCGCGGAGUUGUUGAUGCCAGACGUGUUGGACGACGAUCUGCUCAGCCGACUCUCCUGCCUCACGGCACUCGCGGCGGAGGAAGAGUCCAUGCGCACUUCUGCGGCGGCACACCGCACCUUCGUAGCGGAGGCGCAGGCCGAGAUGCGUCUUCUUCGCCAGGAGCUGACUGCCGGUGUGUAG